AUAAAUGAAGCUUAUUAUAACCUAUAAGUUUGUUUAUGUAUUUCGGAGUAAUGAAUAUAAUUAGUUACAAAAAUGAGUGUUCAGUUCAAAUUGUUAGAUCAGUUUAAAUUAUUAAAUCAUUUAGAUUUGAAUUUUGCUUGCGAUUAUUCAGAGGAUCAUCGAUUUUUUAUUAUAAAUGAUACAGGAAUAUACAUUCUUUCUUUUACUGGAAAUCUUACACAAGAUUCAUCGACAUUUUCAUGCAAAAAGCAACAUAUAAAAGUUAGUACUUUUACACCAUCGCAAUGUAUUGAUAUAGAUAUAAACAGUUUUCAUACAAAAUUACUUAGAGAAGAUGUAUAUGAUAUUGUCAUGAAAAUUGAAUAUUCUGCUACUUUAAAUAAUACUAAACCUGUGAAUCCUGUUCCAAUUUGUGCUAAGUGGUCUCCUAAGGGGCUAGCAGAUGGAACAGAAUGCUAUUUAGCUGUAUUGACAAAUCUACACAGCUUAGAAGUUUAUAUGAAGUAUUUGAAUAAUAAUGAACAGAUUAAAUAUGCAAUCAUUUCAAAUGUAUCUGAAUCAAUUGUAUUAACAGAAAAAUUGAAGUGGAGUUGCGCUAAUCGCUUACCAAUUGCAGUGAAGUUGGCAGAAUAUAAGAAAAGAAUACAUGCUGUAUCACCUACAGCAUUUACAUGGAGUCAUCUUAUUAGGUUUGAUAAAAAUUAUGCAUCUAUCAUAUUUACUGGACAUAUUAAUGGUGAUAUUACAGCUUGGAGAUUAUGUGCUGCACAUUUUUGUGAGAACAUGCAGUCCAAUGUUCAUUUUUUAGGAAGAUAUAAUUCUCAAUUAGAAAGAAUUACAAAUAUGCAAUGGCAUCAAAGUAGUAGUAAUGGUGGUGCUCUAUUUUUCUCUGACAACAAUGGGAAAAUGAAUGUUGUUCAUGUGAUGAAUUUAAAUGAAGAACUGGCAGUUUUUGACAAAGAACAAUCGAUUAUUAGUGAAGCGGAUAAAGUUAGAGUCGAAAAAAUUGACAUUAUAAAAUAUAACAAUUCAACUUUUAUAUUAGUAGCAAAACAAAGAGUUUUAAUCAUUCUUGGAAUAGAUACAUUUGGAGAAAUUUUUGACAUUGUAUCUGUUUGCAUUCAAGAUUACUUCAUAACAGGUAUACAACAGAUAAGCGAAAACAAGCUGUUGGUACUAUCAUUGCCUGGAAUAUUAACAGAACUGGAUAUAAGCGUUUUUAACAAUAAAAUAGCCAUAGAACAGAAAAAUAUAUCAAUCAAAAACGAUAUGGACAAAUAUCGCACUCAUGGUUGUUUCUUUUCUAAAAAUAAAGUUUUGUUUUUUGUUGUUGCAUAUCCAUGGGAUUUACAAAGUUUUUCUAAAUCGAAGUCUUAUGUUAAUGUAUUUGUAUAUCACAAUGUGAAAAUAAAUCCCUUCGAUUUAUUAUGGAAUAAUAAUACCGAUACAAUUAGAGAACACUGGGAUUGUUUUGAAACACUUAGGAUAAAUUGUAUUAAAGAAAAAAGAUUCCCAUGGUUGGGUUUACCAUUGGCUUUAAAUUAUGAUACUUUAUCUCUAACAAAACUAAAAACAUUGAGAUUAAUAGCCAAACUCUCUGAAAUGAUUUUCAGUCUAAUACCAGUUGUCAAGAAUUACAAUAUAAAACCCUUUAUUCUUCUACAUUAUUUAGUAUCAAUAAAAUUGGUAACACAGAGAAUGACAAUGCUACUAAAUAAAAGUAUCAAGAACAAAUUAACCGAUUUCCAAAUGCAUAGUUUGUAUAUACAAAAUGUUUUCCUAAAGGAGAUGGUAGCAAAAAAUAUUUUACCCAAAGCUAAAGUUGGAAAAACAUUCAUCAAUGAGAUGAAGUCAGUUAUGGAGAUUGCCAACGAAAUGGAAUAUCCCGAGCCAUUAACUUGUGUAUGGUGUGGAGACAAUGUUAGGACUUUCCAAGAAAUUUCUUCACUGCAGAUUUGUAUGUUUUAUCCAUAUUUCAUGACAUUGUUUACUUUGUCUAAAAAAAUAUUUUUUUUUAUAUUUUUUUAUAUUUUUCUUAACGAACACUCACAGAUCAUGGGUCCUUUGUGUUUUCCGCCCCAUGUAGAUACCCGAUGCUGCUUUUCUAUGGUGCCAAUAUUCAUCUUAUUUGAUUAUAAAUGUCCCCAUUGCAAGGCCGUAGCCCAUAAAUCAGUCGAAGAGGAAUAUUCUCAAAUAUUUUGUCCGUAUUGUGAUAUAGCCAUGGAAAAAUUUUACUUUACAAAUGAUCAAUUGAAAAAACGGUUCCAACAGUUUGAACUAGAGAUGUCAAAAGACAGGAGAAGCGACUGUUUCAAAGAUUGUACACAAGAAGAUAUACAAUUUGAAGAUAUCGACGAUAACGCUACCGAGUAUGUUAUACUUAGUGACAGUGAGGAUGAAACGGAAAAUACUCUAAAAGGAAUAUAUGAAGAAUUUUCAAAGGUUAAAGUCCACGAUGAUUUGUCAGAGUCCUUUCAAGACGAAGAUGAAGAAGUUAGGUCGUCGCAUUGAUAGGAGCUUGGUAUUCUGUCAAACCGCAAUGACGAGCUAUCUACACAUUUAUCUACUGACAGCUGACCGUGAUAAAACAUGAAAAUAAUAUUUCUUAAUUGGAUCAUUGAUUUUAUCGAUCAGAAUCAAAGAUAUCCAACUAAAAUAGAUCAAUUCAUUCAUAAAUUCAAAAAAGCAAUCAGGGAUGAAAUUAUAAUGUUUUAAAUUGGUAACAUUUUCUCACUAUAACCUCGAUUUCAUGUCUUUGUCUUUCAUUUCAAUAAGUUGUCUUUAUUUAAUAAAAAUCGAUAAUUAUCGU